UAAAAUUUCUUGUACAACUUCCCAUAUUUUCUCGCAUGAUAUUUUGUCAUCUAAUUAUUAUUGAACGAAUUUGUGCCACCGUUUUUAUAAAAUGUUAUGAAACUAAGAAGGGAAGAAUAUUUACAAGCUCAUGGAUUUUUAUUUUUGUAGGGUUUUUUAAUUUUUCCGGAUAUUUUAUGUUAAAUAUUGAGGUUACUUUUUAUUAG